CGAUCCCAAUGCAAGGCCAUAAGUCUCCUCCUCAUCAUCGUUGCAUGAAAUUGCAUGCAUUGGGACCAAAUCAAUAUGGGGAACAACUAUAACUAUAGCUGCAGGAUUGCCAACUAAUCCGUAUUAUUUUUUUCCUCACUCUUUCUUUUUUGAUUAAUUGAUCGAGAUGCAAUAUGGACCGGUGGACCACCUUCGCAGACCUGUUUGCUGCCCACAUUCACACAGUAUAUACUCUCUCUGCAUGAACAAGCGCACCGCCAUCUUCAAGACUUUGCUAGCAAGGUAUAAGAAGUUGGAGGCGGAGCAUGAGGCGCUCAAAACUGAGCGCGAGAUCCAGGCCGGGGACAGCGCCCAAGUAGCGGAGCUAUUGAAGCGCGUUGCCGAAGUCCAAGAUGAGAAGACUCGGCAGGCCGAACUGCACCGGGAGGAGGUGACCCGGCUGCAGGCGCAGAUCGCGGCGCAGGCGGAAGCGCACCAAACCGAGGUGAAUCAACUCACCUCGGCCCUCUCUUCCCGAGCUGAUGAGAAGAUUCAGCUGGAAGGCGAGGUGAAGAAGGGCAAAGAGUUAGCUGCCCAGCUCGAGACCCGUGCUACUUCCGCGGAGUUGGAGGACGUCGAGAAGAUCGCAUUGUUCCGGGUUGUUCAGCGUGAACUCAUCAAGAUCGACAACAUGCUAACGAAGUUCUUCCCCACAUCUCUCGAGCAUGCUCAAGAGGCCGUGAAGGUCGCCCGUCAGAAGAGGGAUCCGGCAGCAGCGGCGGGAGAGCCGUUCGAGUACGACUUGGUGGAUUACUUGGUGAGCAUCGCGAGCCGGGUUAGACCGCUCAGGUCGUUCGGCGUCGACCUGCUGAACGCCGUCAUCCGGGCCUUCCGCGUGCUGUGGCCGGGAGAAGAAGCUCCUGCGGAUAUCCUGACUCUGGCAAAACGUUUGCUGGAGACGGAGUCCCGGCUAAGCGACUGGCGGGAGUCGGCUGCGCGCAUCGGCACCGAUGAGGCGUUGUCGUUCGUACUAUUAUGGUACGACGGCAUCAACCUUGACAUGCUACAAUCGAUGCGUGCCGGCUCUCCCUAUCUCACGGACCCGGAGCUGGUGGCGAAGCGCAAGGAGCGGGCCUACUCCUUCAUCCAGUAUGCCGACGUGCAUACGUUUGUGGAGGGCCCAACCUCUGAAGCUAACGCCGAGAUGACCGACGAGGAAGAGGAAGAGGCUGCAGCAGAGGAAGAUGUUGUGGAGUCGGCUUCCACCGGGAAUGCUGCGCCGAGUUCGGGUGCCAACCCCUCCAUCUCCUCUUAG